AUGGCUACUCCCUCUGUUACUCUCGCAUCAUUGCAAGAUACAACACACUACUAUUACAUUCACCCUAAUGAGAAUCCUUCAUUGGUUCUUGUUUCUCCGAUUCUUGAAGGUCACAAUUAUCAUGGAUGGGCUCGCUCGAUGUCUAUGGCACUACAAAUGAAAAAUAAGAUUGGCUUUGUUGAUGGUUCCAUUCCUUAUCCAACUGAUAAAGAUCCCAUGGUUCAAGCAUGGAAUCGUUGCAAUAAUCUGGUUUUAUCUUGGAUCAAUCAUUCUGUUUCUCAUGAGAUUGCUACAAGUAUUAUUUGGGUUGAUUCUGUCGCUACGGCAUGGAAGGAUCUCAAAGAUCGGUUCUCCCAAGGUGAUUAUGUUCGAAUUUCACAAUUGCAUCAAGAUCUUUAUUCUAUGCAUCAAUCUGAUCUCAGUGUUACUGCAUAUUACACUAAAAUGAAGAUUCUCUGGGAUGAACUUUGCAAUUUUUGCCCAAUUCUUGAAUGUCAAGCUUCUUGUUGUAUUGUUUCUCAGACAAUGAAGGAAUAUCGUGAUAAUGAUUGUGUUCUUUGCUUUCUUAGAGGCUUGAAUGAUAAUUACUUUGUUGUCCGCUCUCAGAUCCUUCUCAUGGAUCCCUUGCCUUCUUUACCCAAAAUUUUUUCAAUGAUAAUUCAACAUGAGCGACAAUUACAAUCAGGAACUCUUUCUCAGCCUCCNGUCAUGGCGGCACAANUUUCUCAAUCUAAACCUUCUUUUUCUACCUUCAAUGGCAGAGGGAAACCCUCUCCUGCCAAUGAUUAUGGCCGGGGAAAAUCUCGUUAUCAAGGUUCUCCGGCUCGUUUCUCAGGGGGAAUGUUUGGUGCACCUCGACAAUGCACUCACUGUGGUAGGACAAACCANACCAUUGAUACAUGUUUUUUGAUACAUGGAUUACCACCUGAUUUGAAAGCAAAAAAGGUCCACAAUGUUACCAUAGAUUCUUCUACNACAGUUCCUUNUAAUAAUUCUCAGNCACAGUCACAGACCUNAACUUUGGGACUUUCUCAAGAGCAAAUUCACAGUCUAUUGGCACUUCUCCCUCAAUCUAAUCCCACAGCCCCACAUUUUAACAAUCUAGUGAGCUCUCAUAAUGUUUCCACUUCUUCUCAGGCUCAAGGUAGUAUCUACUCCCAAUGGAUUCUAGACACAGGUGUCACUGAUCAUAUAUCCAAUUCUUUGUCUCAUUUUAUUUCUUAUCAUAGAAUCUCACUAAUUACAGUAUCACUACCCAACAAUAAUUCUUCAUUUGCUCAUUUUUCUGGCACAGUUUCCCUUAGCCCACACCUUACUUUACAUAAUGUCUUGUUUGUUCCCAAUUUUUCAGUCAAUAUUAUUUCAGUUACAAAGUUAACUAAAUCUUUAUCUUGUAUACUUAACAUUUCUGAAUUUUCCUGUGAAAUACAGGACAAGUCAACCAUGCAGAUGAUUGGUCAGGCUAAAGAAAGAGAUGGCUUGUAUGUCAUGAUAGUUCCUGCACCCACACCCCUCGUUCACCAGUUGCUUCUACCAUUGAGAAUUCUAUUGCUUGUUCUACAAUAA